CUGAAGAAAUCGAUCGCGGUAAAGUGAAAGUUUCGUCGAGAGAAAACCUGUGUUGCGUGGGGACAUAUGAGUUCGUACGGUACUGCUAUUAUUUUUCGACGACAGUCGACCGUCUUAUCGCUCGCACGAUGGUUCGUAAAGUAUCCACGCCACUGGCGCGUCUCCUGCUGCCACUGAUCGCGUUGUUCGUGACUACACACGUCAACGCUACGAUCUUCGUGCCAGAAGAAAUCCCAUCGUUAUUGUCGGUGGUCUACAGUAACAUACCACCGAUUAAAAAAGGUACGGAUUCCCGGCUGGGAGUGGGCUUCCGGCUGGGCCCGAACGCGGACGUGCAGUUUCAGCUGGAACUCGGGCCGCAGACCAACACGCAACCGAUCGGGGCCGCGGCCGCGGGGACGAGCGGCGGCGGCGGCGGCGGCACGGCCGCGGCCAGCAAGAGGCACGCGACGGUCGCGCCGGCCGGCGGCGGCAAGCCCAAGGACUGGUUGAACGCGUGGCGGUUGCAGAUGAGCCCGGGCUACGUGCCGGCGGACGACGGCGGCCGCCGGGCGGAGACGGGUCACGCGGACGACCACGGUGGACCCGCGGACGCGGUGGCGCACCUCCAACAGCUGUACAAGCCGCAGCCGGCGGUGGCCCGCGAACGCCGAUCCGAAGACUCCGCCGGGAACGGUCCGAACGGGAAAACGGCGUACGCGUCCGACCGCGGCGCGCACGUUUCGUAGGAUCGGCGCUCGUCGCGGACUCCACUGCAGCGUUUCCGAGACCACGUGCGUUGCCGCCCCGGGCGCCAUGCUGCGGGGAUACGUUUCCGAGAACACGCGUGUCCCUGCUGCCACCGCCCGAGCACCGUGCCCGACGAUCACGAAACGUUUCCGGAAACGUUACGUACACCUCAGCGGCGACCGUUCGCAGUGAUAAGUCCGUGCGUUCCGUUUCGCUAAACUCGUGCACGCACGUCCACCGUUUUCGUCGUUCGUCACGAUCGCGUCGUGUCCGCCUGAAACGCGAAACGUUAAUUUAUUUUCGUCGCCCCGCGAAGCUGGUGCAGGCAUCCCGAAAACGGUUUUCCAUUAUCAUAUGUAAAUAUUCAUCACGUUCAUUACGUUCCGUCGACACGCCGUUGAAUAAUAAACGCGACUCGGUACGAACAACACUCGUGUAAACGAUAAUCGAAUAUCAAUACGGACGUACUGCACGUAGUAUGCGGUGGAGAGUUUCCGUGUGUUAUACGCAUGCAUGCCUAUGUUAAUGUUCGAUAAUAUUUUAUGUACAGUGUAUUAUGUUAUUAGUUGAUUUCAUUUCGUAUAUAGAUAUAAAAAUAUGUACUUUUUUUUGUUUGUUUCUAAUAUAAUGGUAUAAAUCAAGAACAA